AACUGGAGCGAUCACACAAUCGCUCACGCAGUGAUUUCAUGAGAUGGUGAAAUGGUUGAAAGGCGUGAGGAAUUGUUUGAACUUUGGAUAACAAACGGUCGAAAGCGAUAAAACUGCCUAGAGUGGAUGGGAGUAUGAAGUUAUCAUUAACUGUAAAGCAGAAAAUACGUAAGAAUUAAGCAGAUAAAAGAAGAAAUAAAAUGCGUAAGAGACAAAAACUACUGCCGGGGGUGUCCGACAUCGCCGUUGUCGUACUAUUAGCUAGAUUAGUGUUAGUGUUAGGUCAAACCACCUGUAACAACGGUCAGGGUCGGGUGCUGUAUGAAAGGCUUCCAAAUCAACAAUUACAAGGCUUUGACGAUGACGUCGUCCGAGAUUCUGGUCCACCAUUCCGAGUGCUGGAGAAAUGUCAGGACCUAUGUUUGCGGGAUCGUACGGCAUCCAACAAUUUGGGCCGGGCCUGUACGAGUUUUGACUUCCAGCCAGGAAGCAGAAUCGCCUCAUUCAGCGGAAGCGUUGAAUAUGAAGAAUCCACUUGCUAUCUCACGCGAGAACAAGCCGCUCCUGAAGGGAUAGGAAAUCUUAUGCUAGUACCGAACAGCGUUCACUUCACCGAAGUGUGCCUAACAUCCAGUCGACCAGACCGUGAAUGUCCCAGUCGACGGUACGUGUUCGAAAGACAUCCUAGAAAGAAACUCAAACUGCCCGUUUCCGACAUCAAGGAAGUGACUGCCGCAAAUCGUUCCGACUGCGAAGAUAAGUGCCUCAAUGAAUUUUCGUUCGUAUGCCGUUCAGCUAACUACGACUCUACCCUGCGGAGUUGUUCGAUGAGCCGAUUCACUCGCCGUACUCAUCCGGAACUCCUGGAAGACGACCCGAACUCGGAUUACCUAGAAAAUACCUGUCUGAAUGCUGAGCGUCGCUGUGAUGGGUUGAUAGUCUACGUUAAGGAGGAAAACAAGCGUCUGGGUGGUCCCUUCGAAGUGGAGAUUUUCAACAACAUGACUCUCGAGGAAUGCCAGUCGCUCUGCUUGAGAGCUGAAAAAUACUUUUGCCGCUCAAUCGAGUUUGACGAUCAAACGAAGCAGUGUAUUCUCUCCGAGGAAGACUCCGUCUCGCAGAAAGAUGAUCUCAGCAUAAGCUCUAGUCCCACGCAUCAUUUCUAUGAUUUAGUGUGUUUGGAUAACCAGCGCGGGUCCGAUUACCCGGAAAAUUCCGUUACAUCACAUUUGUUCGCUAGCGGCAGACGUCCAGAUACCGCCUUUCAGAGGUAUCGAAACUCUAGACUAGGUGGAGAGUUCCAUUCGGAAAUUACGGGCAGGUCGUUGAGUGAGUGUCUGGACGAGUGCCUCCGGCAGACCAGCUUCCAGUGCCGAUCUGCGGUCUAUAGUGAUCGCUUUCGAACCUGCCGUCUCAGUCGAUACAAUCAACGAGAUGGAAUGCGCAUCAUCUACGAUGCCGAUUAUGAUUACUAUGAAAAUCUAAUGCCACAUUUAGUGGGUGGUGAUUCCGAUACGACCAAUGGCAGACCCGAUCCAACUGAUUGGAGACCACCUUAUGGAGACCGUGAUCGGGAUCGUGAUCGGGAUCGUGAUCGGGACCGUGAUCGGGACCGUGAUCGCGUACCUGAUGAUAGGAUGCCGGGCCGUUUCCCACCAUCUGAUCGUUACCCUCCUGGAGUACGACCUGACUAUGGAGAUAAACCAUUUCCAGGCGGUUAUCCAUCAACUGACAGAUACCCUGGACCAACGGAUCGUUAUCCAAUGGGUCAUGGAACAGAUCGAUAUCCAGCGGAUGUCGAUGGUAGAUACCCACCGGUGUACGACAAUCGGUUUCCAGGGGAUCGCUACGGACCAACAGAUCGGUAUCCGGAUCGUGAACCCGACCUUUUUCCCGUUGGUCAUCCAAUGCGGUAUCCUCCUCCUCCUGACUCGAGAUAUCCUCCUGACCCACGAUACCCACCUACACCUGAUACUCGCUAUCCAACUGAUUCUCGUUAUCCUCCAGAUUCAAGAUACCCAACCGAUAACAGAUAUCCUCCAGACUCUCGUUAUCCUCCGGAUACGCGAUAUCCACCUGACUCCCGUUAUCCACCUCUCCAACCACCCACUCAAGACCCUAGAUAUCAACCAAUGCGACCAAGCGAUUCACGCUAUCCAAGUGGACCUCAUGAUUCACUAUAUCCCAUGGCACCGACUGGCACUCGCUACCCAUACAUGCCACAAAUGUAUCCCAACUACCAAACUCGCUAUCCAUCGCCUCCCAGAACACCACCAGAGCGUGGUUACACCACAGAUCGUUAUCCUCCACCAUUGAGACCAGUCGAUAACAAUCGCUACCCUGCACCAGAUUCGCGAUACCCCAUGGAACCGAUUCCAGCACAGGGCCGUUACCCAACUUCACCAAACCAGAUACCAUUCACAAACAAGUACGGCAACGGCAAUUCUGGAUACGAUAUGGGAUAUAUGCCGGGGUAUGGGCCGUCGUACGGACCCGAUCGUGGAUACGAACGACCAUUGUACCCUCCAUCGGGAGCGGGGCGCAUCCCGCCGAUGCCUCUGCCACCAUUCCCGGAUCGUGACCGCGGCUAUCGACGACCGGGUAUGCCCGAUAGUGGUGGAGGAUACCCAUUUGAAAUUCCAUAUGGACCGUCCAGCUCCGGAUACGAUAACACUCUAGGAGGAGGUGAUGGGUUCGGUGGAUUUGGACCGCAGCGCCCUUACGAAACCCGCUGCGACGGUUAUGACAGUUUUAAACAGAUGGCAUCAAAGCGUAAGAUGCGUAAACAAUUCGUUCGACGGGUUAUCAAUGCUCCUUCACUUGGAGUUUGUCAGCAAGAAUGUGCUUCAGCACGAGAUUUUAUGUGCCGAAGUUUCAACUAUAAGGAUUCGGCACCAUACGAAACAGAGGGCAACUGUGAGUUGAGUGAUCGAGACUCACGUGACCUAGACAUACCGAGCAGCCAAAUGUUCGAAACGGAUAGCUCGGAUUACUACGAGAGAUCUAUGGGCAAAGGUCAAGGGGAAGAGUGCCUUGAUGUUGGGCAACUUUGUAACGAGGAUGGCAUGGAGUUUACGUUGAAAACCCCGGAAGGCUUUUUGGGGCGAAUUUACGCGUAUGGAUUCUAUGAUCGUUGUUUCUUCCGCGGAAAUGGAGGUACCGUGAAUGUUCUACGCAUAAGUGGUCCUGGAGGCUAUCCGGAAUGUGGCACACAAAGGUAUGGAGAUACGAUGACGAACAUCAUUGUUGUGCAGUUCUCGGAUAAUGUGCAGACCGGUCGUGACAAGCGAUUUAAUCUGACUUGUAUGUUCCGUGGACCUGGAGAAGCAGUCGUUACAUCGGGAUACAUUGGAGCAGGGUCAGGCAGUCCGAUCCCGAUCGAGUACCUUCCGGCAGAGAAUUCGAUGAGCAACAAGGUACGGCUUAUGAUUUUGUACCAGGGACGCCCAACAACGACCAUUGCCGUUGGUGAUCCGUUGACCUUCCGUUUAGAAUCUCAAGAUGGCUACAGUCACGCUACGGACAUUUUUGCAACUAACGUUGUGGCUCGCGAUCCUUACUCGGGAAGAAGUGUACAGCUGAUAGAUAACUACGGUUGUCCAGUGGAUAAUUUAGUAUUCCCAGAGCUGGGACGGUCAAGAGAGAGUGAUGCUCUGGAAGCGAGAUUCAAUGCCUUCAAAAUUCCGGAGUCCAACUUCUUAGUGUUCGAAGCCACUGUUCGCACUUGUCGAGGGGGCUGUCAACCGGCGUACUGUCCUGGACCUAGUGGGCGAUCGGAACCGUCGUUCGGUCGGCGAAAGAGAUCCGUGUCUGAAAGCCCCACAGAGUUCGAUGGUACGGCUGAACCGCUGAUCGGAGACGAUAUGGAAGAUGACGAUGAAGUCUCAGUAGUUAACGGAACAGUUGUGCAUGAUAGCAAGAUGCAUAAAAAUAGCACAAAGGACACCGAUGAAUCAAACGCCUAUGAUCUGGAGGCGAACUCAAGUGAGAUGCCGGAACAAGUUCGCGAAAUGAUUGAGGUCUUCCAAUCACGUGAAGAAAUGCAACAAGACACCGUUGCCAGGAAGAUGGUUGCUCCGCAAGAAGCUGUCUGCUUGACCAAUUCCGAGUACUACGGAUUGCUAAGCGCGUUAAUUCUUCUCAUGAUUCUGCUCAUCGGUAUUACAUUUGCUUCUGGAUUGGCCUACCGGCGUUACUGGAAGGUGUUUAUGAAAAAUCGUUCACUCGAUCGCACAUCUCCGGUGAAUUCUUUUACUCCUUCAGCAUUGCAUAACGUUUCUGGAAGUCAGUUCCAUGCGUCCGGUAGGGGGACUUCGUCUUCUCGAGGCGAAGGAAACAUACGAUCACCAGGAUUGUCGCUUUUUGGAAAUGGUCUGCAAAAAACAUUUGCCACAGGAAACCUGUCGCGAAUGUGCCAAAUUCCUGUGAUGAACCCAAUUUUACGAAGCAAUGGCAAUAAGAGCGAAUUUGAUGACCCAAGCGAACCGAUCUAUACUGACCCUUCCCUCUUUGAACGAUCCAGAUCACUGCGCAGCAUCGCUGUUGACCAAACGGAUACCAAUAAUGCUUGAAACAAAUUGUGCGAUAGAUAGUUUAAACAUUGGAUGCUAAUUAAUUUGAUGAGCAAAGAUGUCUCUGAUGAUGAUGAUGAUGGCAUUAGGAUUAGCAACAGAAUGAACAGGAAGUUAGAAUUUAGAUGAUUAGAUAAUGCACCGAAAUUUUAAAAUGUGCUGUAAAGAAGCAUAUUCUUCUUAAUGUCAGUUAAAAGCUCAUACAUUUAAGUACUGUGAUGGCUAUAGUUAGCAGCGGACCAGAAAUGGCCGAGAUGGUUCUUUACUUAUAGAUCAAACAUGUGAAUACACUUUUCCUUGCCCUUGGAGGAAAAAAGUUUACACUGAAACAGUUGUCUACCAAAGAUUGACAAAUUGAAAUUGGCUAGCAUGGUGUCUGUAUAGUCGUCGAAUCUCUUCUUAAUUUAUUCGUAUAACUGUAAGUAGUUUAGUAUUAGUUCACAUUAAGUGAAUCAUUUAACACAAGGAGACCAUAACGUACGAAAUAUACUGCAGAAACUAUGACAAUUUACUAUCGGCAAUGGAAAUCACUCAUCACUGCAACUGAAAUGUGUUUCUCGAUGAUUGUUCAUAAUCGCAUAACAACUAUCGAAUGUUGAUCGGAUUGUAGACGUUAGUUCACAAUAGUCACAUCUUCUUAUAGAAAGUAUAUCUUAAUUAAUUUACAUUUUAUUUUAUAAUGAAAUAAAUAUCAAACUGCAUGAAACAA